UUUAAUGUUUUAUAAAAGCUACAGAUAAAGGCGUGAUGUUGAGAAGAGAAAUAUGUCUGCUGCUUCUUUUAUUUCCUGUGAUUUCUGGAUUUAAUGUCGGAAUCAAGGGAGCCAAGAUUUUGACCGGAAAUCGAGGGUCUAUGCUGGGCUACUCGCUCGAUUUUGCCACCAGAGGCAACGAUGUAUGGUUAUUGGUCGGUUCACCGAAGGCAAAUGAUUCAAAGGCCAUGCCAACAGGAAGCAUGUACUUCUGUAAACCAGCAGGUCUGAGAAGUCUGGGAGACUGCAGCCAGAUCGAUGUUACACGCUUUGCUCCUGUCAGUCCAGGAGCGGGGUUCACGGAACAUCGCACGGAGAUGUGGUUGGGUUCAUCUGUAGAUGUUGGGAUGGAUGCAAAUGCAGUAACGUUUUGUGGCCCACGUUGGAUGAGAGAUUCCUCAGAUAGUAAUGUUCGUGCAAUGAAUGGACUGUGCUAUGAAGUGCCAUUUGGAUUUUUAGAGGGCGAUAGUUCAGGACUUGUAAAUCCCAAUGUAUUAUAUGGAUUGUACAAUUCCGCUCCCUCGGACCAAUUUACAACAGCAGAUCAAACAAAGUUUAAUCAGACUUUAAAAUAUGGUGUAUCAGCAUCAGGCCUCUCCAUUAAGUACCAUAAAGAAGAAGUGCUAGUUGGAUCUCCAGGUUUAAAUGAAUUUGCAGGUGGCGUUGUCAAUGUUAAGGGAGCAACCACCACUGUAAAGGCUGAAGAAACGACAGAAGCCAGACAGGGACAGAUGUACGGUUAUGCGAUUGGUGUUGGCAGGUUCUAUGAUGUAGUCACGUAUUACUUUGCCUUUGGUGGACCAAGGGAUGGUGGCUCAGGCAAGGUAGUGAUAAAGGGCACAGAUUAUACAGUGAAGGAAACAUUGGUCGGAAAAGAGCCUGGGAGUUAUUUUGGGUCAGUGUUGUGUGUUGUACCUGGACAGAACAAUGCUCCAGAUCAUCUACUGGUAGGAGCCCCAAUGUACAGUAACAUGAAGACGUACACCAACUACUAUAAUAGCAACCAGGAACAAGGGCGAGUGUAUGUCUACGGAAAAAGUCAAACUACUGACAAAUUAGAAGUGAAACAGACACUAGAAGGGUCCAAAGCCAGAGGUGCCAGAUUUGGUUUCGCCAUGGCCAACCUUAACGAUUUCAACAAGGAUGGCUAUAAUGAUGUAGUUAUUGGCGCCCCCUUUGAGAGUGAGGGACAAGGAGCAGUGUACGUGUAUAUGGGGUACAAGAGGGGAUUUUACUUGACACAGACAAUUACUGCCGCAAGUGUGGCCCCCUCUGGUACAACACUUUCCACCUUUGGCAGCUCAUUUACUCAGCACCCAGCAGAUUUUAACGGCGAUGACCAUGCAGAUUUAGCUGUUGGUGCUUACAAUUCAGACAUGACCUUUAUCCUGUAUACCAAUCGUCCAAUCACAAUGAUAGUGGACACUAAGACGAACCUCACACUACCUGUUGGAGGGGGAAAGGCUACAAUUAUACCUCAAAACACUGAGGGAUUCACACUUAAUGUGUGCUUUGAUUACGAAGGAAAUAAUAUCCCCUCUGAUGUGUUGGUGACUUUUACGGUAACGGCAGACACAGCCUUUAGGACCAGCAGUGGUUCCAAUGUGGACCGAGUCUGCUUCAAACAGUCAGAAACAACUUGUGUAGAAAAAAUGACAGGGAGUUUCACGAUAUUCAAGGCUCCUGCAGAGCUGACCUGUCCAAAGUCUCCGUUACAAGUCCUCAUUAAAGAUGACUGGAACAAGAUGAGAGGUUUGUUUGUUCCCGUGGUUUUUGAUGUGGAGUUCACCGUCUCCACAAGUGGAAGCACUGAGUGCACUGUAGGAUGCCCUGUCGUUAAUAAGUUUGAUCCGAAUAAUGACGACCCAUUCGCCAAGACUCGCAAAUAUUCAUAUGAACUGGCAAGAGAUGGUUGUGGGAGUGACAACAUCUGUCAAUCGGAUGUAAAACUUAUGGUCCAAGCAUCAGACAGCAUCGUAACGGGACCCCAGGCCGAAUACAUGAUUGACAUCACUGUUAGUAACAAUGGAGAGCCCUCGUACAACACUGAAGUCUUCUUUAAUUUCCAUGCUAACAUGACCCUCUCAGAAACAAUCACUAAAAACCUCCCCAUAAGCUGCUCCCCAGACAUUGGAACGGUGCAGUGUUCCCUCAAUAAGCAGAAGAUGGCAAGAGGUGAAAUUUUCAGUUUUGGUAUCAAACUGGACAGUAGUAAAGUCCUGCCGUUAAUUAACUCAUUUUAUUUGAGUGUUGAGGUGAAGUCGGACAGUAACGACCUCAGUACACAGGACAAUGUUUACAGAAAAUCAGUGGAUUUAAUUACAAAAGUGGACGCCAGCUAUAAUCUGGCCGCUAACCCUGAGGUUUAUAUAACUAAAGUAGCCCCAGAAAAACCCACUAUAGAAGUAUACCACAGUGUACAGAUUGUAAAUACUGGACCUAGCAAUCUACUGGACACAUUGACCUUUAACGUUAAAUACCCACAGUCCAGCCAAGUUAAACCAACUAAAAUCGUUCUAAAUGUUUCCUCUGCGACUGACGACACACUGAUAAGAUGCGAAAAUCUUCGGUUACAACCAGAGGGAUUGACGAAUCUGACCUACAGAGCAUUCACCAUUCCCAUUGAUGAAGCGGGAAAUUCAAAAUCAGGCACCAACUUCGAUUGUAGUGGAGCAGGGACAUGCUCUAGGCUAGAAUGUGACAUUGGGACCUUUAUGUAUGAUAGCUUCAUAUCAGUGGAUUUUUCUUUUGAGGUCGUCCAAAACUUGUACAAUAUAAUAAAUGAUCAAACAGGGAAUGUUAUACCAGAUGUUCCCAUUGUUACUACAUUUCUACCACAGACGAAUAACCCCGCAGUCAAUUUACAGGGGCAAGGAGGUGGCUUGGUGAGAGUGGUGACUAAAAUUCUGCCCAGUAAACCUGUUGAGGAGGACGUACCUAUCUGGGCGAUUGUAGUACCUAUUAUUAUUGCUGUCAUCAUUUUGGGUGUUAUCAUCUUUGUUCUGUGGAAGAAAGGAUUCUUUAAGAGAAAAUACAAAGUUCAAAUGGAAGAGCGGAAAGCAGGCAAAGGAAAACCGGAGGAAGAAGAUGAUUUUGACAAUCUACAUCAAGCAACUUUUGUUACAGUGAAUGAUGAAGCAAAUGAUGAAAAGCCAAUAAUGUCAACUUUUGUAUCUCCACCAGAGGAGGAAGAGAAAGAAAAAGAGAAGGAGAAGGAGGAAGAGGAGGAGCCUAGUUUUGAAAUAAAUAAAGGUGAAGAACCAGAUUGGGGUGGGUUAGAUAAGCUAAUGGAAGAUUUGGAUCUUAAGGCAGGUCGUGAUUUAGGGUCUGGUCCAGUGGUAGAAGCCCCCACUAGUAAACCAUCAGAUAUCCCAGUGAGUCCUGUGGUUAAACCUACUGGCAUGGACUAUGAUGAUAUAGAGGAUGAUGAUGAUGAAAAAGUGACUGAAGGCACUAGUUUAAUUUCUAAGGAAGAGCCUUCAAGUCAGAGAGAUGAAGAAGCCAAGACUGAGGAAGACAUUCCUGACUAUGCUAAAAUAGAUAAAUCUAGAAAAACUUCUCAAAAAGAACCACUUUUAGGAGAUUCAGCUAAAUCUGAGGAUAGUGAAAUCCCUGAUUAUGCUGUAGUUAAUAAAACCAAGAAAAAAGAAGACUCCUGAAAAAAAAUUGACACAUUGUAAAUUACAUACAAAUUUUUUUUAUAUAUGUUUACAAAUGGUUGUCGUCUACAAAGUAAGGUGUGCUGAUCAAUGUUGUGGAAAUGCUUUAACAUAUCAAGUGCCAUGUAAAAAUUGACAGCUUUAUGUAUGUGACAGAUAGAUAUUUAGGACUGACAGUUUGACUCUUGGGUUCACUGUAGGCAUCAUUAAGAUGGUAAUGCUGAAGAUGCUGACAAUAAUUUUUGAGUUUUUUUUUUUUUACAGAAUGACAGUUCCUAGGAAAGGUUUUCGUUAUUCUACAAUCGUUUACAUUGCAUGCAUAACCCUGAAAAGUAUCAGACUGCUGUUAUAGUCUUCUAGUAAUUUUGAGUUAAUUCAUUUUUGUUUUGUUUAACUUUUUCUUAUGUUAAAGAUAAUUUUAGUAACAGUGUUCAUUGAUAUCACAGACAUGGCGGCAGAUCCAGAAUCAAAGGAAGUAUCAGAACCAGAAUCCAGGUCAGGAUGACCUUAAUUUAUACAUCAGCAUACUCAGUCUCUUUUCUCUGGGCUUUAUUGGUUGUGAAUGAUCAAUUACUGCACGAUUUUACUAUAUAUAUGAUGUUGCUUAAUUGUUAUUUAGUCAACACCUAUGUCUUUGUCCUACAUGAUUGCUAUUCUUGAAUCAUAGGAGAAAAAAAAUUGAUUAAAGUCAACCUUGUAGUAAAUGUUCUUUCACAAUGCUCUUGGAAAAGUCUUCUCAAUUUUUGCGCAGGCAGUUUCUUUUUGCAAACUUCAUUUGGUUCUUUUUAGCACUUUCCUUUCAGUGUCAUGUGAAAUAAUUCCAAGACUUUAAAAUUUUUGUGGUUUAAAAAUAUACCUAUCAAAAACAGCAGUCCAUGCAGGUGAUGUUUGGAAUGAAAUGUGAUGACGCAAUGUAUGUUAGUUAUUCUGUAAGCUUUACUAAUCGUUCGACUACUGCAGCAUACAUUCACGGACAUUACUGGUCCACAUCUUCGUGUAUAAUGUAUCUUAGUAUAAGUUGAAGUAAUGUCAAAUGCAUGACAGUGUAUAUUAUUUGUUUGAAAUGGUUUUGCUACUAACCCGUCUUCAGAGGGGUUUAAAUAAGAGGCAUUUCUUAUUCUAUCAAUGGCUUUCGAAUUACAGAUCUGUGGUAUUAGUACGUGUAACAUAUUUUAGCUGUGACUAUUUCAUGUCUUUUGUUUUGUUUUAAGAUAUAGUUUUCUUGAGAGAUUAUUAUAGAGUUGCAGUCUCUUACAAAAAUAUAAAUAAUUAACACAGUACUAAAACAAGAGCAUUUAGAGGAUGAGAAAGAGUAAUUUAUAGCUAUAAAAUUGAGUAUAUUAUUAUUCUUAUAAAAUUAAAUUUAUAAAUUACGACUUAUAUGUUUUGAACUAUAGUAAUAUAAUCGUCCGUAUAGCUGUAACAAAAAUAUUUAAUAUGUAAGGAAAGUUGACUAUCUCUCUUUAGAAUUGUUCCAUUCUACCUUACAGAAAUGUAUCUUAAGGACUUUAAGACUUAGCUGGAAAAAGGGCAAAUUAUUUCAAUUACGUCGGUCAGGUUGAGUCUUUUGCAAUUAUAUCCUUCAUAGGCUUGCUCAAAAUAAUGAUUAUUCAAAAUGUUAUUAAAUAUUUGUUACGUAAAUCGUCAAACAGGCCUAGUAAGGGUUGUGCGGGACAGUGUACUUUGUAUUUACAGAUAUCAAUACUGCUUUAUUUAUCGCUGUAUUUAACAUUUCUUUUGCCAUAAUAAUUGUAUUCUUCAUUCCAGCCUUUCUUUUGUAUCUGUAAUUGUGAAUGACUAUAGCUUUGUUUGAAACACAUUUGUUUGUAUAUGGAUAUGAAACAUUGCUAUGUCUUGUAAUGGGAUAUAUUUGUGUAAAUGUGUAAAGAAAUACAGUAUGAAGUAUUGAGUAAUUAGAUAUUUAUGUAGUAAUAUACACUUUUAAAUUCUUAAGUAAUUUCUAAGGAAUGUAUAAGGUUGUGUAUGAUUUGAGUGUAAUGUAGAUAAAUGAAAUCCGAAGGAUGUAUGUAUAUCACUGCCGUAUUUCUCAUGCUUUAUAUUCAUUUCAGAAACAUAAACAGUUGUAAACUAUU